AUACCUGACUGGAUCAAGUGUCCAGACAUGUGAAGAUAUGGCAUUUGUUCAUCUUCAGUCACUCCUGUCACGUUACAAUGCGCGAUUUACCCUAACAAUUACAAGACACUUUGCGUCCAAAAAGGGGAAUGCCACGCAAUCUGGUCUUUGGAAUGAAUCCGAGCUAAGUAAGGCCAAAGACUGGCUUGCAAAGUUUGAUAUCAAUUCAAUUCCACGCAAUAUAUGUUCCAUAUCAUUCAGUCGAUCGAGCGGUCCCGGUGGACAAAACGUCAACAAGGUGAACUCAAAAGCAACGCUCAGAGUGCCCUUGAGCUCCUUGUUACCUCUGGUACCAUCAAUACUUCAUGAGAAUUUACGAACAUCUCGAUAUGUGGCCGACAGGGCUGAUGCACUUGUGAUUCAGUCCGAUGAGGCUAGAAAGCAAUCAGCGAACAUCGAGUCUUGUUAUCAGAAGCUAUACAAGAUUGUUGAAGAAUCAGCUCGAGAUGUAAUUCCGGGAGAAACAUCCGAAGAACAGAAAGAGCGUGUUAAGAAUUUGAGAAAAGCUGAGACGGAGGCACGAAUUAAAUCUAAAAAAAUGCAUAGCGCAAAGAAAAGCAAUCGUCGUAACAGUAAAUAUGAUGAUUGAGAAUCGAUUUUGGAUAUCAUUCGUGAAGACACACUCAAUGGACGCCAUGCUAUCUAAAGUAUAGAACUAUUCGUCCAUGGAUGGAAGGCAUUUUUGGGCGCGACUCAGCGUUAUUUCAAACACUUUCUGGAGUGAAGGAUCUAACUCUUCGAUUUCCGACAACGGCUUGAGCCAAUUGAUCAAUUCUUUCGCGAGAUUGGGGUCCAGUUGAUACUUCUUCAUAUUGUUGAGAGAAAUUCCAAGUGCUUGCGGGAACUCUGGUGAAGUGACCUUUAGUCCUGCUACAGGCACUUUAAUAUGGCAAAUAGCUGUGCGAUAAUGGAGAGGUGAUUUUGCCGUUUGAUGUGUUACAAUAUGAUCCAGGAUUUUGCGCAAACACGGAAGAUCUUCGAAUUCAAAAACCAUAUCAAAGAAUUCAUGCGAUAAAAUGAUGUUGUCGUUCGACUCUUUCAUGGCCGCGUCAAAAAUCGCUAUCGGAAUAGCUCCCGUCAAAGCAGGUGUCGAGUUGAGUGCUUCCAACGCUCCUUCGUCUAUCUCAUCGUUCUUCUUGCUUGAAGGAUUGAUGUCCUCUUCUGUGAUUGCGGGGAGUGCAAUCAUAUCUGCAUCCUCAUCCGCGGCUGAACUAGGCACAUCGCCGGCCUUUCCAGAUUCAUUCAAACCCAAUAUCCGUCGACGAGCGAAGAGCUUGGCAAUGUAAAUACACUCCAACCGUCCGUACUGAAUCCAGAUAUUCCUUUGGCUUUUGCAGAAACGGAGACCACGCUGGAAAUAGCUCCGCGCCUGAGUCAUAUCCGCAUGGUCUUCCAUGGCAUAUUUGGCAGCAUAAACCCACAGGUCCGCAUUGGCAGGAUGGAGGCGCAAUGCAUCGGAAAAAACAUCGGAAAGUCUUCGGAACAUUCUUUGUCGCCGACAGUACUCGAUAUAUUGUAUCCAGAGUCCUAAGCUCCCGGGCAGUUUGCGCGUGGCACGGUCGAGGAUGAACAGGACGCGGCGUCCCGCAUGUUGGGGGGUGGCUUUGAUGCCAAAUCUCUUUGAACGUUUCUUCCGUAAAGCCUCCAGGUUCAUUUCAUACUCGAUAUAACGGACAUAGUCGGAAUCCGUUACUCCGGGAGUGUUGACUUUGUGCUCAAAAUCAGAGCGCUUCUUUGCGAUUGAUCGAAUUUCAUCCUAGACGAUAUUAGAUUAGCAUUGAUACUGUAGUUGCUGUUGGCGCAUUGAGACAUACCUUGGUG